AUGUCCCCGAAAGGCAAAACGAAGAUCACUCGAGAGGAAGAAGAUCAGAUAUGGUCUUGGAACGCUUCACUUCCGCCAACUCCUCACUUGACUAUCACUCAAGUCUUCACCAAGCAAGUCAGCUGCUCCCCUGACGCGCCUGCGGUGGAUGCACCAGACGGUACACUCACAUACACGCAACUGGAAAACUACUCUACGCGUUUAGCCCAACAUCUUCAUACUAUACUCGAUGAAGCCACUGCCGGUGAAAUCAUCCCGAUCUGUUUCGACAAAUCCAUCUGGCUAGUUGUCUGUAUGAUGGCUGUGUCGAAGGCGGGGAUGGCGUACACGACGCUGGACCCUGGCAACCCAACGGAGCGGUUACAUGCGUGCCUGGCCACUAUAAGUCCUCGAGUAAUGCUUGCCGAAGAAAAGUUCAACGAGAGGUUUCCGCGCGAAGUUGUCAGCAAGGUGGUCAUCAAUGUGCCAGAAGUUUGCAGCAGCGAUUCUGAGAGUGGAAUGAUCGGAGUGAUAGACCUGCCAGUCGGCCUUCCGAAUGAUCUCGCUUAUGUGUGUUUCACAUCAGGAUCGACGGGACUACCUAAAGUGGUUCAGCAUACGCAAAGCAGUGCGGUCUCUAAUGUUAUCCAUGGUCAUGGUUACGCAGCUAGUAGUCGCGUUCUUAACUUCGCCUCCCAGGCUUUUGCUGCGAGCAUUGUCACGACUUUGAAGACGCUUUGUAACGGGGGUCUAUUGAUCCUACCACCAGAGCGAGAGCGCAUGGGCGGUAUAGCGAACUUCAUCACCAGGAAGAAAAUCACUCGGACCUUCCUUACACCAACGCUGCUGAACCUGCUGAAGCCAGAGGAAGUGGAUUGCUUGCAGUUUUUGACCGUAGGGGGUGAGCCCGUAACUCAGCGACUCAUCGAUAUUUGGGCACCGCAGGUGUCGCUUGUGGAGGCGAUUGGCAUGACGGAGGGCGUGGGUAUUGCGAACGCCAUCGAUGUUAGCGGGAAGAAAUGUAAAGCUCGCCAGUUUAUGACGGGUUGCGCAUGGAUCGUUGACCAAGACGAUGCGAAUACACUAGCGCCGAUCGGGGAAACGGGGGAACUUCUUUUUGAGGGACCAGCGCUAUUUCAGGGAUACCGCAACGACCCGGAAGCUAAUACGAAGGCAUUUAUCGACGGGCCACCUGUAUGGGCGAAAGCGAGGGGGGAGAUGAGACCCAGAGUGAUGUUUCGAACGGGAGAUUUGGCAAAGUAUAUCGAAGAUGGCGUUGUGCAGAUUGUGGGAAGGAAAGAUACGCGUGUCAAGUUACAUGGGCAACGCUUUGAGUUGGGAGAGGUGGAGAAGUCGUUGUUGGACAGCCUCCCAUCGGGUGUGACGGUCGCAGCGGAGAUAGUCGAACCGGCAACCGGAACUGGGCCAAUGCUCGUCGCUUUCAUACACGGGCUUGCAACAGACUUCUCUCACGAAGUCAGGCAGUUGAGAGAGAGAUUGGCGGACAGUCUUCCGGAUCACAUGAUACCGCGCGGAUUUGUAGAACUCAAAGAACGGCCGUUAAACCCGUCUGGCAAACUCGAUCGAAAGCUACUGCGGAGUCAGGCUGCCAGGAUGUCGUUGGUUGAUCUGGUGAAGCAUGUUGGCGCUCUAAGCAAGUCUGCGCCAGUGACAUUGCAGGAGCGAACGAUGCAACGUCUAUGGGCCUCAGUGCUCGGCCUUCCUGUAGAGUACAUCGGUUUGCAGGACGAUUUCUUCCAUCUUGGCGGAGAUUCCUUGCACUGUAUCAAGCUCAUCGCACAAGCACGGAAAGAGCAGGUCAUUCUGUCAAUCGAAGACAUCCUGGCUAUGAGUACAUCGGCAAGGUUCGAGGUAUGCGCUCAGUCGACUACGCUAGGCGGUGAAUAUACAGCGCACACGAUAGAGACAGUCGCACCGGAGAUCUCACAAGAUGAUGUCGACGCUGUUGCUCUGGCGACGGACUGGCAGGCCUGGUGUGUCGGGCAGGGUCUGCUCAAGUCACAUGGCUGGCAUGACUACAUGAUCUUCAGGUUUCCCAAAACACUGGAUGUUGGAAGGUUGCAACGCGCUUGUCAACAGCUCAUAAACCAACACGCCCUCCUACGGACGGUGUUCGUAGUGAAAGCAAGACAAACUUUCCAGGUCGUUCUCAAGGCCAAGGCUUUCCCCUUCCGGUUCACUGUGGAGCAGUCUAGUGACAGUCAGAAUAUGGACGGGCUUGUUAAGGAGAUCAUUCAGCAGGAUAUGAAACGACACCGUCAACUCGGCGAUACUUUGGUAGCUUUUACCCUUGUACAUGAUGCCACGACUAGCACAGCGCAACUGGUCCUUCGAAUCUCCCACGCCCAGUACGACGCGCUCAGUCUCGACACAUUGUGGCGCUCGCUCGAGGCUUUGUAUUUUGACAGACCAUUGGAAGUCAUUCCUUUCACCGACUUCUGCGCAGAAGCAGUCUUAGCAAGCAGGAAUUCUGAGACGUUCUGGAAGACAGCUCUGGCCAACAGCUCGAUGAGCGAAGUUCGUGCUCACACUCGCCCUAGCGUGGACUGCCCUAUCAACGGCGCCGUCAAGAUUUCCGUUCCCUUGGUAGAUCUGAAAACUUCGGGUUACACGAGCGCAACCGCUGUUCUUGCCUCAUGGUCGAUCGUGCUGUCGAAGCUUACGGGUCAGGACUCUGUCGUAUUCGGGUGCAUCAUUUCUGGAAGACACAUGAUGAUGCCCAACGUAUCGGAUAUCCUCGGCCCAUGCAUGAACGUCAUACCUUUGCGCACGGAUGUCGUUUCAACCGCAAAAGCUUCUUCGCUUCUCGAUGCGACUCAAAGCAACUAUCUGAAGUCGCUGCAGCAUGGCCAUAUUGGACACCAUCACAUCAUAGAGAAGUGCACCAAUUGGCCUCGAUGGACACGAUUCUCGACAGUCGUGAAUCAUCUCAGCUUCGGGUCGAUCGAGCAGCCAUUUCCAGAACUUGGCGGGUGCGCAUUCGAUGUGUACGAACCGGAGCAUGACAAAGCCGACCUAUGGCUACAAACAUCUGCUCGCGACAACAAGCUAGAAGUCGAACUGAGAUACUCGCAACAGGCUUUCUCGGAAGAUCGGGUUAAAGCGGUGUUGAGCGGCUUCGUUCAAACUUACGAACAGCUGCCUCAUUUGUUGGAACAGAAACUGUCAGACAUCCUUGCUCAACUCGAUCUGGCUGCAUUCCAGCACAACCUGGUCAGCCCCCGACAAGCUAGGAAGCAGGCAUCAAGGCCUGGGACAGAAGAUACAAAGAUCUUGGAGGAAGUAGUUUGUUCAGCUUGGGAGUCGGUGUUGGGAUCAGACUUCAGGUCGUCUCCUGGUUUCACAUACCAAACUCCAUUCUACGAAAUAUGGGGCAACAGCAUUGCUGCUGCCGCUCUUGCUUGUGAAUACUCCAAGCGGGGAUUUGCUACAAGUAUUGAGGAAUUGCUUGAUUUCCCGUCUGUUGCAGAGACUAUUGCUCUUCUCUCAACCCGCACAAAGGGCGAUGCUGAGAAAGUCACUUAG